AUUUAACAACAUGCAAGGAUCGCAGAUACGGCGAACAAAUUCUCAAUCAAGAGGGGAUAUAUCACGUGAUGAGCCGCCACGCUCACCACCAAUAUUACCACGAGCAGAGGAAGGCUUGUGGUCGGGUCUCCAGAAUGAGAGAGUUGUUGUGCCUUCGAGGAGAGCAUCGCGCUGCCGGCGCGGCUUGACUUCACACGGUCGUCGGACCGUGACACUCGUGGCCCCCUUUACGUCAGGUGUUUCCUCUCCUCUCCUCGGUCUUGUCGUGUCUCUCGUUUUACUAUUCAGUUUCAGCGAUGGUUUCUCUAAACCUUUUGCACCAGGAAUCUAUAACUUUUCUAUACCACAUAUUUCAGGCCUAAAAAAAGUUUCUUUGAAGUCUUCAAACCAUUACUUUGGAGUAAAUGAUGCAUUAGGUUCAAGCAGGUUCGUCGAAACUCCGGUGACGCAUCCGGCCGGGGCUGAGGAAGUCGUCUCCCGUCGGCGACUUUCUCCCGCGGAUCAUAAUGAUGUCGUAACUAACGAUGCUGGCUUCAUGCAGGAGCUGCAAGCAGAUGACCUGCUCAGUCCUGUGAUAAAGGAGAUUCGUAAUUGCUGCGGUGACUCUCAACUGACCAAGUUUUCUCAUGGUGAUGGACGAAUGAACAUUGAACUACAUGAUAUCGAGCCUGCUUCUUUUGUGAUUCCAUUGGAUCAACCUUUCCUGAGCGAAGACAGGCCGAACUCUAAAGAUGUCGAGCCAGUUUUCAAGCUUGAGGAAAAUGAGCCUCCAAAUCCUGGUAUAAUUGAACCUAAAAAUUCAACCCGAUUAUCCCAAUUCCAAGCAAAGAAUCUUCCAAUAAGAAAAUUUUCACUUAUUUAUGACGAUACGAAUGUGCCAUCAGAUUUCAAACUGAACUCCAAAGUCGAUGAUUCAAAGCGUUACCGGAGAGCAAUUAUGCCUCACAUUUUCGAAAACAUAACGAAAGCAGAUUUGGUCGUUGUAGCUGGAUUAGCCACGGAUCUCAUUAACUGGCUGCAGAAUUCAUGGACGAAACCGAAAAAAAUUGUUGCAGAAGAUUCAAUAGGAAUGCAGAAGAAGAAUAGUGUGAACUGGCAUAUGAGUGAACACAACAAGGAAGAGCAGAAUAUUCUACAGAAGAGAUUAUUAAAUAAGAAAAAUAAGAAAAGAAAACACAAUCUGGCCUCAGCGAUGAACGGACUCAAUUACAAGGUUUCUAAUGGUUUGGUCCCAUCUCGGUCCAGAAUUGGAGAAGACUUUAAUUCUGACAAAGGCUUUGUUAGUGACACUGGGAACGAAAACGAUUUUACUUCCUGGAAGAGCGAGUCAUACGUGAGGGAAGAGGAGACCGUAGGUGGAGGGGCGUACAGGCCUCCAGCGUACGUAAUAAAGCACAAGGAUUUGAUGGAGGGAAGGCAGCUCUUCGGUCUAGGACUCUUCACCGGCACGCUCCUCAACUUUUUGAGGGAUCCCAUCGUGCUCUUCCUCAUCUUUUGGUUCAAUCUAUGGAUCAGCUACGCUAGCAUCGCGACGCUCUACAACGGCUUCAACUUCGUCACGGGCUUCUUCACGGGCGGCAGCGUCAGCGCGGGCGCCACGGCUUCUACUUCGUCGCCGGCGUCCAUUGCUCCGAUAAUUUCUGUGGGGGCGGUCGGGGGCUCGGGGGCAUCGAUGGACGACCCUACGUCGGUGGUGAUCAUCGAGGCAACAUUCGCGCCCCCGACAGCGGGUCCUGGAUAUCCCUCACCGCCUUCCACCCAAUCCAACAUGUCCAUAGAACAUCCAUCCCCUCCAUCUCCCACGCCGGAGAAAGUCACGGAGGAAACCAAUACCUUGGAUCCCCUCGUCUUCUUCACAACAGCUCGGCCCCCACUCACGAAGCCUCCAGACUUGUUGAUAUCAGGAAAGCCAACAGCGAUGGGAAUAACGCUGAUCGCUUCCUCUGAAAUAUCCUCGAUUGAAGAAACCACUCAGUCAGUUUCAGAAGGAACCGCCUCAACUUCUACAGUUGAUAUGAACGCUUCAGAAACAUCAACAUCAACUGCAGUUACAUCUCAAAUGUCUACAGUAAAUGGUGCAGUAACUUCUCAAACAUUCACAUCCGUUAGCAAUGAGUCAACGGAAGAAAUGACCACCACGCCGACGACUGGCACUGCGACAGAUUUCCCCACAUCGAGUGUGAUAAUCUUAUCAACAGAAGAGUCCAUCACGACAUCAUCACCAGGGGUAAUUACAACCGAUGUGGAAAGUUCAUUAAUGUCAAACUCAACCGCGGAGAUGCCUUCAGUCACUGGAUCGGAAACAACAGAUGCUUCAAGCACAGAAUCCAGUUUACUCACAAUUAUUAUUCCAGAGUUUGCUUUGAUCAAUGAGUCGACCAUUUUGGAUCCGCUGGCAUUUUUCACCACUAAGCGACCAGCUGUCACGAAACCGGCCAACUUUUUCAAUGAACUUAGCACGCUCGACCCAAAAACCACAAUUGGGCCAUCGACCAUAAAACCAAGUGGAUUUUUUACAGUUUCAACAACAGUGGACCCUCUUGGAUUUGUAACAAAGCCACGACCAAUCGUCACAAAGCCAACAACGUUGAAUACAGAACCAAGUGGAACUUUUACAGACUCAACAACGGUAGACCCACUUGGAUUCGUAACAAAGCCACGACCAAUCAUCACAAAGCCUACAACGUCUAAUAACGAACCAAGCGAAACUUUUACAGACUCAACAACGGUAGACCCUCUUGGAUUCGUAACAAAGCCGUGGCCAAUCGCCACAAAGCCUGUAACAUUAAAUAUAAAACCAAAUGGAACUUUUGCAGACUCAACAACCGUAGACCCACUUGGAUUCGUAACAAGACCACGGCCGAUCAUCACAAAGCCAGCACCAUUACUCACGGGAAGUCAAACAUCUGAUGCCACAAUGACAACUGAUCCGUUAGGUUUCUAUACCACUUCUCGCCCGCCACACACGUCUGCAGCGAAGACGUCCAAGCGUCCUCCCGUAUUCGCUUCUCUGUCUACUAACAAAUAUCAAACUCCACAGUAUUCAACACAAUCAACUAAAGUUUCCAGUGAUAGCACUAACAUGUUAGACUUCGUUACUUUCAAAAAGCCAAGACCUACAAAACCCGCAUAUUUUAUGACUCCUCCAACCCAAGAAAAAGUUCAUGCGCCAAAACUACCAACAUAUCAACCUGUUACUCUGGCACCAUCUUUAGUUAAUUUAACCGGUGCUUUAAUUCUUCAUCUUCUUGGCAUGAAUGAGACUAAUUCUUUGCAACAAGUUCCUUCGACCAUUCAUCCAAAUUUAGAUAUCCAGGAAACGCCAUUUUUAAAUCAGUCAGCAAUCAAACCUGAUAGUUUUCUGCAAACCGGAUAUGGAUCAGGAGAAAACUUUCCAGCGCUUACUCAAGAAAUCAUCCGCAACCUCACCAUUCUGCUAAGUCAAAUACAUGACAUAUCAUCCGAAACGACUUCGGCUUCCCUAGACCCAUGGCUCAUCCCAGGCGUUGCUCCACAUAAUUUUUCGGCGUGGAUUGCUUCAAUUUCGUCCAGUCUCAACCCGCCAUCAGCAACAUCGAACUACGGUACAUCUGGCAACCAUGCGGGUGGAUUAGUGCCUGUUGAGUCUCAAGCUCCCGGAUCACUAAUAAACUCUUCUACGACAUUAGAAUCACAAAAUCAUCCCUCGCACAUCCCGGUUCCCCAAAUCGAGUAUGGUUCUCCAUCUGGAUCGUCAAGUGUCUCAGGCUCAACACAGGGAUCGAAUUCAGACGCUCAACUAGAACCGCAAUCCGUCAUGACCGGUGCUUGUUCCGUCGUAACCGGUGCUUGA